CGAGCACGUGCGCACCACGCGAAUAUUAUUUCACUCCUCCGCUCGCUAGCAAUCCAUUGGUGCAGAAGUCAUGUGAGUAUCACGUUGAUGGCACGAGGCUUAAUACCUUUUAGGGGUAUAAAACCUCCCGCUCGCUGUGCCCGUCGUCUUUUUCAAGGAAAGAGUUCUUCGUUUGGCCGAGAAGGGAACGAGGAGGUCAAAAAGUGGAAGUACAAAAUGUCAUGUUGGUUCCUGAAAUCGGAUUCUGAGACAGACGAUGGAGUGGGUGUGGAUGAACAACGUCGGCCUACGGGGCAGAGAGUGGAGGAAGUGUUCAAAGGACACCACAGAAGAUGCCAUGGCACUUGGCGGAGGUGGAGGCGUUGGAGUGAGUUCGAUCAACAUAACUCGUCCUGCAGCAACCAUGGCUUGUGGGCUCAGGAACGAACCGCCCGACCACAGACGCAUGGGGAGGGUGCUUGCAGCUCGUCCACGGACGAUGAUGCGCUCCACCUCCUCUACCCUAACAACGUAAUCACCGAUUCUUCCCAACGACGACAUGUCUCAGUCUACAAGCCCUCCGUCUCUAAUUUUUCAGAGACUAUGCCCAGAGGUUGGUCGUAAUGCUCCCAUCACCACCUGGCAGCUGGCGUAGG